CAUGAGUUCUUUAAGAACAUCCAAAAAUAUAAUGUCUACCAAAAGAAACAAGGAUUUUUGUAGUCCAAAUAACAUACCGUUGAAUUUAAUUAAGACCAAGAAAUAUAAGAUUACUAAGGAUCAUUUGUCACCACAGAGAAGAUACAAAAUCAAAGCUAACCUAAGUAAAAACAAAAGACUAUGUAAAAAUUUAAUACAUCGCAAUUUGACAAUAUAAUUUGAAUAUUCAAAAUUGAAUAUUAUGGUUAUUGUAGGAUUUAUGCUGUACUGCCAUCUUAAAUAAAGAUUUUCUUUUCUAAUCUUUCAUUGUGGCUUUUAAUAGAUUUUUUCUUUAUAGUAGAUUGUUUUAGUCUUUACUCAUUGA